ACAAACUCACUACAACCCUAGCACUUCUCAAAGUCAAUUACCUUCUGGUUAGAUAUAUAAGUUAGAAAAUGGCGGUCUCUCCAGAACAAGAACACCCCACGAAGGCCUUCGGAUGGGCUGCCAGAGAUUCAUCUGGGCUUCUCUCUCCCUUCAAAUUCUCUAGAAGGGCAACAGGAACAAACGACGUGACGUUCAAAGUACUAUAUUGUGGGAUAUGUCAUACAGACCUAAGCAUGCUCAAGAAUGAAUGGGGUAUUUCUAUGUAUCCUCUACUUCCUGGGCACGAGAUUGUUGGUCUAGUGACAGAGGUGGGCAGCAACGUCGAGAAAUUCAAAGUUGGAGACAGUGUUGGUGUUGGAUAUCUUGUCGGAUCUUGCCAAUCUUGUGAUAGUUGUGGCAACAAUGCUGAGAAUUACUGCCCCGAAAUGAUAUUCACGAGUGGUGCCAAGUACCAUGAUGGAUCCGCAACAUAUGGAGGUUACUCCAACAUCAUGGUGGCCGACGAGCACUUUGUAGUUCGUAUCCCAGACAACCUGCCACUUGAUGGUGCUGCUCCUCUCCUAUGCGCUGGGGUUACAACUUAUAGUCCCUUGAGAUAUUUUGGACUUGACAAGCCCGGUAUGCAUGUGGGUGUGGUUGGCGCAGGCGGUCUUGGCCAUGUGGCCGUAAAGUUUGCAAAGGCUAUGGGGGUUAAGGUCACAGUGAUCAGCACCUCCCCUAAUAAGAAAAAGGAAGAAGCCAUUGAAAACCUUGGUGCUGAUUCCUUUUUGGUCAGCCGUGACAACGGCCAAAUGCAGGCUGCCAUGGGCACAAUGGAUGGUAUCAUUGACACAGUUUCUGCUGUCCACCCUCUCUUGCCUUUGCUUGGUUUAUUGAAGACCAAUGGGAAGCUUGUUUUGGUUGGAGUACCAGAGAAGCCUCUUGAGCUACCUGUUGUUCCUUUGAUCAGUGGAAGGAAGAUAGUGGCUGGUAGUACUAUUGGAGGUCUGAAGGAGACACAAGAGAUGAUUGAUUUUGCAGGUAAACACAACAUAACAGCUAACAUCGAGCUUAUCCCAAUUGAUUAUGUGAACACUGCUAUGGAGCGUCUCACCAAAGCAGAUGUUAGAUACCGUUUCGUUAUCGACGUUGCAAACACAUUGAAGUCAAGCUCUUAAAUUUUGCACCCAAACAUACUCAUAUCAUGGAAUAAUAAGAUUACAAACUAAAUUCGAUUUAGUUGUAUACUAUAUGGUGAAAAUUUUACCUUGUUUAUGAGCACAAUGUAUUAAGCUACAUUCUGAUUAAGUAUUGAUAUGUUUUAUUC